AGUGGCGGGGCCGGAGGCUGCAGCGGUGAGUUUGGCCAGGGCUAGACAAUCAGGUGGGACGAUGGCGGCGGCUGGGCACGAGGAAGGGCAGGCUGUUAUAGCGGACUGUCGCAKUUCAAACGUGAUCAACUGGAAUAAACCUUUUAGGACCACGACACUCUUUGCUGCCACCACUGCGGUGUACUGGUUUGUGGCCCUCAGUUCCUAUAGAGCGUAUUGUCUUCUUGCCCUUUCCUUGGCKCUGAUGGUGACAGUGCUGCUUGUUAAAGAUGUGGCUCUCUCCAGAUGUGUCUCUUUCUCUAAAGGGGCCCACUUAUGGCGCAGUAUGACUGGAAGCUGGGAGAUCAUUGAUGCGGACCAGGACAGCAGAUCUGGAGCUGGGCUACAGGUCACAGACUCCUGGACGAGCUUCAAGCUCUUUCUGCAGGAGACCUCCUCCUUCAAGCAGCAGAAUCCAGGCAAGUUUUGCUUGCUGGUCUGCAGUUUGUGCACCUUUUUGGCUGUCUUAGGACGCUACAUUCCAGGUGCUCUCAUCUUAUAUGUUUUAGUGCUGGGCGUCUUCCUGUGGCCACUGAUGUCAGCGCAUGACUUUGGGUUGUGGAUGAAGAAGCUGGACUUCGGACUGGAAAGAUUCCUUCAGAAUAUCAGAGAGAAUCAUGAAAAGAGACUCCUUCUGGCACAAGCUGACCGGGAGAGUAUUGAAGCCGAUCUGUCCUCCCUUUUCCCCAAGUUGGACUCCACAGUUUGUAAGGAGAUGUCUAUAUCGGAUACAGAGGCCUCUGAUGUGACGUGGACAGACAACGGAACAUUUAACCUGUCUGAGGGACAUACGCCCCAGACUGAGAACUCAGAUGACCUAGACAGAGAAGAACUAUUCAUAGGGGGCCUCCCGGAAUUCCCCUCCUUGGACAACGGCACCAAUGGGGAGGACGAUGACGACCUGAGCAUCGGCCUACCCACCCCCCCUAUCCACCCACCCCAGCACAGCAGAGCCAGGGGGGGGUCCGAGCCCCCCCUCCAGGGGGACCCUUCCACCCAGGCCAUGGAGUUUGUCCACAAGAUGGCAGGCAAUGUCAUUGCAGCCGCCGCCACCGCUGUCAUUCAGGAGAGGCUGGAGGCCGCCAUCGGUAGCAUCAUAACCACAGACCCCCACCCCAGGUCCCUGCUGUUCGCCAACCCCACAACACUGCUGCCCCUGGACCUGGCAGAGGAGUCAUCAUCGGACAGCGAUGUGGAGGAAUUUGAGCUGCUGGACCAGUCCGAGCUGGAGCAGCUGGAAGGGGAGCUGGGCCUUGGGGCGAGCGCAGCAGUGGCGGCCAAAGAGCCCAAAAAAUCAUUGUCUUCUUCCAGUGGCUUCUUUUCAAAACUCCUGGGCCGCCAUUGAUUAGAGCAGGGGUGUCAGGAGGAUGUGGUGCAGGUCUAGUAGGGGGUUAGAGAGCACGUGGAGACAGAGAGGGGCCUUGUUUGGGGGGUGGUGGGUGGGAAGGUUAGGGGUGCAGAGACUGUGGGGGUUUGACGAAACAAUAUGGUGUUGCAUUCUUUUUCCAGUUGUACUAAAAAUGAAUACUCCUGCAUUACAUGAUCGAUAUGUUCGAGAGCGAGAGGAAGGGGGUGUUCAGCAAGCAUGAUGCUAUAUGGAGAUUGGAGAUGUGGAGUUGUCAGGGGGCUGUGUCAGUAUUGGUGUGGUGAGAUUGUGACUUUUAUUUAACGAUUUUCACAUAAUCAACCUGUAGUAAAGUUAUGGGUAGGAAUGGAAAGGAGUGGUGGUGUUUAAAACAUUUGUGUUUUGUUGGUCAAUUUCUUCAACAAAUGAUCAGGUCUAUGUAAUUAUCAAACAUAUAUUAGUAAUGGAAAGGAAACACACUCUUUGUUUAAGUAUUAAAAUACUCAUUUUAGUAAUACAAUUGUACGCAGAAGUUGAUGCAGAGUACAGUAUAUGCUAGUUCUCCCCAAGUUCUGCAAAAUGUCUAAGACAUCCUGUAACUCAUAGCCUCCCYAAUCCCCCUUACAUAACUUUCCCUAGCAACAACAUUUUAAUAAGUAAAGUAAAAACUCAGAAGUGGGUUUGACCAAAACUUGACCUUUCAUCACAAGUAUAGAGUCAUAGCAAUGUGAACGAGUAUAAUCAUCUUUUGACAGGUGGCUGGUUUCAUCAGGUCUGUGGCAGCCUUGUGUUCUCAGCCUUGUGUUCUCGAUAACCACGGUGGGAUCCAGACUGGUGGAGUCUGAAUGUAUACGCCUUCUGAUAGUGUCUGAAGGUCACAACACUCAAAGCAGGUGUUAACAACACAGAGAGGUCUCCUGAGGAGACCUUACAAUUUAUCAUAACAUAAUUUAUUAACCCUUUAAAAGGUAUGAGGCCUUGGUUUAACCUUCUUUAGUUUCAAGAUUCAUACACUGGCCGAUUGGGCCCAUUCAACUCCAUCACCCAUUAAUCAACAGUACAGCUUAAUUCGACCAGACCUACGACAACGAUGACAAUCAUCUGUGCUAACAAUGGAACCAAUUGUUCAAACCCAUACUGUUUGUGCGUAUUGGUUCUUACUGAAGCACAAGUAAGGUAACAAAUCCUGUAGUUAACUGGAACAUGCAACGAUGGGAUGACAGAUAAUAGUAUACAUUAUAUUUUGUAUAAUUUUUUUCGUUUUUCUAAUUUUGUAUAUUUUUCAUUAAGCCAUAAUAUAGGUGAGGGACUUCACAUUUUACGACAUGCAAUAGGUCUCACGGUAUUAUGUAUGGUAAUCUUUUGACUUUUAACGGAUGUUCAGUAACACUGUACCUAAAGGGAUAUUCCUCUCAAAUCUAACAUACAACCUUAUAUUUUGAGUGGAACAUCCUUUUAAAGUUCAUUGUCUGGGAUGCUGACAUAUGACUGAUACAAGAAUGUUGUAAUUUCUCUUUGAACAUUUUGUGACAAACCAUUUAUAAGUUCAUUGGGCCCUGACUUUUCCUGUCAAUGUUUCCUUGUCUAGUGACUUGGUCAGGACAAAGUAAUUGAACUGACAUAGCACUUGAUUCAUUCUGCUUGUGAAUGUUUCAUCAGUUGUCACAAACUAUGAAGUCAGUGUCUAUUAAGUGUUAUGACAGAAUCCAUGUCAGUCAGGUGGCAGUAUUAUAAAGGAGUUAUAGCUCUCCACACUUCAAGCAAAAAUGUUGCUCCACAUUUUAUUUGUACUUGUACCUUAUUAUUUGACAAUGCAACUAGGCACUUGGGACAUAAUCACUUAGUAGUGACAGUUUUAAACUUCAUGCAAACAGAAUGUAAGAUCUCUUUCAUUGGACAUGAAAAAUUCACCCUAACAGCUUGCACGGUACAUUAUUGAGAUUGUCUGUCGAUCGCAAAGAGAAGGGGUAAUUUAGAAAAUUCACCCCAAAAUGUUUAGGUGGGGAUAUGCAGCUGCAAGUUGCCAUAGUUACUKUGUAAUUUGUUUGAAGUUAGUGUUCGCCUUCUUGAGUAAAGUUGAAGGGCUAACUGAGCUCAAUAUGUCAUAAGGAAUUGACCAAGCCCACAAAUUGGGAAAAACAAACAUUAUUUCCUAUUGACCCCCAUUGUAAAAGAGCCAACUUCGUCAUAGAUUUUUUGUUAUGCCCGAAAAGCUGUAACCAGGUCAAAAAUCCCGACCUACGGUUUGCAAUGCUCCCAUGUAGGAAAAUAGAGCCUGCGAGAAGAGCCCUUUGGGUUCAAUCUAUUCGGAGUGGGAAAUUGUGGGGACCCUGUGUCAAAGUAGGCUACACGUAGCUAUGUGUGUGGGAAACAUUUAAUGCCAGAUAAAGACAUUUAACUUGAUUAGUAUAGUCAGUUUGUAACUCCAAACUAUUUUUAGCUGUAUAGUCCAUUUGUUUGCGUUUUUGGUAUUGGCUAGCUUAAUGUUUCGGGCGGGAGCUAGCUAGCACUCACUCAUGUGGCUGCUAGCACCAUAAUGAAAAGGGGCAUGAAGGAAUCCCUAUAAUAUGCUCUUCUAAGUAGUGACAAUGCUCGGGAGCAGGCAAUGUUAAAAAUGUAUCUUUAGACAUGUACUUUUCUUAAAUGUAGUUUUGUAAUUGACGUAAACAAGCAGACAACAAGAGAAAAGUCAAGUUUUUGCUGUGAGCCAAUUGGUAACCUAGGUAACCACAGGUUGGUUUGCCAACAGGCAGGCAGGGCUGCUGCGUUCUAUCUAAUACCGACUGGGACUAUCCAAACAAAAUAACAAAAGUUAUCAGACCAAGCUUGUGUUUCCGAUGAUUGACAAGGGUAGGAGGUGCAUCCUGGGGGAAAAUACAUUUCAUACUGCGCAACACUUAAUUGAUUAUUGAAUAUGCCAAUAAUAAACCCCUGUGCUAAAAACAAGAUUGACAACGUGUAAUAACCAUUAAAAACUAACCGAAGAGAUUCUCCAUCAUAUAGCCUGCCUUUUUCUAAAUAUAUGCUAUGACUGUCAAGACAAAUAUAUGCAUUUUACACCACGGAAUAUGAACAUAUAACAUAUAAUCAGGAGUUUAAACAAGCCAUUUAUUGAUUACAAUAGCCAUGAGUUAAUAUGCAUUCUGUUCGCUAUCAUGUCAAAUCAUGGCAGUAUGUAAUUGCCUUAGUGACAAAUUCACUGAACUGUGUCUUCUYUAAACUGCUCAAUAGUUUCUUCACAUUAGAAAGAUCAUCUUACACACUUGUGUGAGUUGUUAGCUAUUUGUCUGAAGUGAAGCAUAAGCAAAUUGUAGUUGUAUGUAAAUGAUCAAGAAUAUUAUUAAUAAAGUGUGAAAAUGUAACACCUUG